AUGGCACGUGUGGUGAAACCCCAAAAGAAUCAUGUGGACCUAGAUAUAUACCAAAGCUCAUACAUGGUCGACUAUAAGCCCUUCGGGAAGCACAAAUACGCUAGAGUCACGCCGCAAGAGCAGGCCAAGCUUGACACUCAGCUCUACAACAAAGAGUUUUACCGGCCCAAGGCCAACCCCAACCCCAAGCUGGAAGAUGGGUACCCUGCUUUCAAAAGACCCCACAUGACUGCCUUAGACUUGGGGGUCCCCGGCUUCUUCCCACCACAAGCUCCGGUAACUGCUAGGAAGGACGACUGCAGGUUUACCACCACCUGCCACUACGCUUACCCGGCUUCCCUGGCACUGUACCUGGCCCAGCAUGACCCCUACUGGCUUCACCAAAGGGCAGAAUUCCCGUGCCUCAUGGAACCAGAGCGGCAGCCUGCUCCAGAAGUGGGCAAAGGUUACCUUCUACUCCCUGGCUGUCUCUGUGCCCAUCACCAGAGAAUCAAGGUCCCCAUCUUGAAUAGGUGGGGCCCCUUGAUGCCAUUUUACCAGUAG